GUAGGGAUGUUUUGGCACGUGAACCAUGCACGCACGCACGCGACCGACACGCAACGCUGUAGAGCUGACGAAGUGAUGGCUCCUGGCACGCGCACACCCACUAAGGAGAAAAACGAGAAACCUAGAUUAAGGAAGCCCGCGGUGGAGAAAAUGCGCAGAGAUCGCAUCAACACCGGGAUCGAGCGCCUGAAACAGCUGCUUAAGGACGAACUGAAUCCCAAAUCCAAGCUGGAGAAAGCGGACAUUUUAGAAAAGGCGGUUGCUUACUUGAAAAACAUGAACAAGGCGGUGGCACGCGCGCCUCCCGAGCAGUUCUACGCUGACGGUUUCGCUCGCUGCUUGGAGGAGAGCGCGCGCUUCCUCACCAUGCACAGCCGAGUCGAAAUGGGCAAACACAUCAUGCUGAGCGGUCAGAGUCAUGCAAUACAUCCCAGAGCGACCGGAAGCAUCAGUGUGAGUGUGCAUGCUGUCAAGGAAACCCCUAAAUGCACUGGAGCAGUUUGGAGACCGUGGUGAUUCCCAACAACAACAACAACAACAACAAAGACAUUUAUUGAGCCAUGUCCAUGGUGUUCUUAUUGCAUAGAGUAUUACUGUGUAAAUGUGAACAGUAGCUGUUUUAGUGCAUAUAACUUCAUCUGUGUGAAGAUGAUAUUUCUUUACAAAUUGUAAAAUAAUAAGGUGAAAGGUGUGAAUGAGUCUAAGGGCUCUAAAUAGACACACGGCCCAAGAAUGGUCUCCUGCUCCUGAUAUGUGUUUGUAUUCCUGUGAAUAUUGUCUAUAGUUACAUUGAUUUUAUAUUGUUAUUUGAUCUAUCAUAUUGAUAGAA